AUGUCUCCUUCUUUCAAGAAAGCCGACACUGAGGCCACGGGCGACGCCGAGACCGAACACGCAAGCGCUCCUAGCCCUUCUACCCAGGUCACUCAGUCCGCUUCCGCUGAAGCUGAAGCUGCCAAGCCGUCUGUCGAAGACACUUCCGCCACUAAGCAGGACAUCAAGGUCGCCGAGACCACCCCUGCCGGCACCACCAAGCUUGCCGACGCUAACUCUGCUGAUGCCUGCAAGCCUGCCGACAAUACUCCUAACGACGCUUGCAAAGCCAAUGAGACCACUCCUACCGAUGUCUCCAAGGCCAUUGAAGCCGCUCCCACCGAUGCAAGCAAGAUAAUCGAGGCUGCUCCCGCUGACGCCUGCAAGGCGCAGAAUGCUCCUGCCGCCGAGACCCCCAAGGUCGUCGAGCCUACCACUGCUGCUGCUCAGCCCGAGACUGCUUCUGCCGAUAAGGCUGCCGACGUGGUCCCGGAGCAGAAGGAGUGCUGCGGCGCUGCCACUUCGUGCAAGGAGUAA